UCGUCUCGUCUCGUCUCGGUUCGGAAGUAUUCGGCUCACUCGACACGAAACUUCGAUUCCUCUUCGUCAAUUUGAUGUAAAUGUUCGACCAGACAGUCAUACAAUAUAUAUAAAAUUUUAUUAGCCUAUUUCUGGUAGACAGUAAACAUGGACCUGUUCAUUUGUAAUAAGUGUUCGAUCACGACUCAGAGAGGAAAGAAACCGUUUUGUUUAACGCAAUGCGGUCAUAUAUAUUGUAAUGGCUGUAUACAACAAGCGGAGAAACAGUGCCCUCAAUGCCAGCAAAUGGGUGUAUAUUCCGUGGAACUACAACAACCAUCCCUAGCACGGGUGGAAAACUUUUUCGCGCCCGUGACCGAAUCACUGGAGUCGUUAAAUAAAAUAUGCGGAUUUCAAAAUAAUCAAACGAAACUCGUGAUACAACGUUUUUAUGAAAUUGACAAGAAAUAUGAAAUGCUGAAGUCCCACUACUAUAAUCUCUCGCAAAGUAUGAAAAUACUAAGAGACAAGUAUAUGAAACUGAAGGUAGAAAAUGUAGAUCAAAGAAAGAAACUUAUGUCUAUUGAAAUACAAAACAGAACACUGAAUUCUAUGAGUAGUACCUCUACACCAUUUAAUCCUACUAACAGAAGGAACAAAGGAAGGAACACAGGAAACUCGUACCUUCUAUCUUGCGGAACUAAUAUGUCAAGUCAGUCUUAUAACACAGGGAAAGGCAAUACAAUCUUGGAAGGUUUUCGUAUACCUAAUCCACAAUCUGUAAAGUUAAUUGCACCUAAUGGUGAUUCAAAUACAAGAUCUACUUAUACUUUCACAACUUAAAUAAAAUUAUAUCUUACAUCAUAUGUUA